GCCCAACAACUUGGAUUCAUUGGUUUUUAUAUGGUAUCAUUCUUUUGCAUGAGAAGUAACUUGUUUGAACUCCACAACUUUCUCUCAAAUUUUAAUUGUUGAUUUUUACACAUAUUAUGGUAAAAUUCAAAACUCAUUCAUUUGAGAAGACAUGUAAGAGAAUGAUAUAAAAUAUUAUUUUGGACUUUUUGUUCAAUUUAAAGUAUUGAGACCAAUGGAUUCAUCAUACAAAUGAUAUUUUUCCAAAUAGCAGAUAAAAAAUGUGAUUUAAACAUGAAAUCCUUCAACAAAACUGUUAUCAUUACGAUUGAGCCAAGCCGAUAAUAAGCCAGAAUAAUAUCUUUUUCUUCAUAAUAUAAAAAAAAAACAUGAUGAGUUUUUGUACAAUUUGUGGCAAACUGCAGGCUACAAACUUUGGGUAUAAAAUCACCAUGCACAAAAAAGAGAGAUUCCCAUUGGGAUCGUGCUACCAUAUAAUCUAGCUAUGUGUGACUCGUGGGAAGUAUCAUCCUUUUUGAGAGAUAUAUAGAAGCCAAAAUCACCACUAUCCAUUUUUUUUAUUAUGUCAUUUAGCCCAUUUCUUUAAAGAGAAAGCAGAAAUCUAUUAUUCCAUAAUAAAAAAGUAGAAUUAUAUAUUUGCAGUUUGGAUAAUUGUAUGGGGGAGUUAUUGGAGGAAUAAGUUUACGUACGUAUUACAUAUAUUCUACAUAUGAUGUCAAUGAUAUUGUUAUUCAGCAUUGAUACUUCCACAACCUUUUUCUCCUUUUGCAAUAUUAAUUAAUAUACUUUUCUAAGAUCUCAAUAUCAUAUAUCUACCUAUCAAGUUUAGCCAAAACAGGAGAGAAAUUUUACAAUGCUAUAUAGUAUUGGUGCUAUAGGAUUUUGCCUUUAUGGUACAACUUAAAAUUGUACAUUUACGUUAUGGUACAACUUCAGAUUGUACCUAUACUUUUUGUACAAAUUCUUUUAUGGUACAACUUGAACUUGUACUUUUAUGUGAUGGUACAACUUUAAGUUGUAAAGUUGUACCAUAACAUAAUGGUACAAAUUGCUUUAUGGUACAACCUAAACUUAUACAUUUAAUGUUAUGGUACAACUUUAAGUUGUACAUUAAAGCACCAAUACUAUAUAGCAUAGUAGAAGUGCUCAAAAUAGGAACCUCUGUUGAUGCAUAUAAUUAGGAUAUGGAAAAAGUGUGGUUUAAUUCGAUCUAUUUAUCAUUGAUGUUAUUUUUGUAAAUUGUGUAUUAUCAACCGUGCUAGUAAACCCAGAUUGGAUCGAGUCAAUUCAACUAGAAAUGAUCGAAUACAAUAACAAAUCCGAUCUAAACAUGCUAAAAUUGACGCAAAUUGCAAGGUCGAUUUGAGCGAUAAACUGCAUAUUGGUGUUACUGAAUUGCCCAUUUUUGUUCCACCGCCAUUUAUCUAAUAGUAAAUUUGCAAUUCCUUUGUUGGGAUUCGAACCCAAGUACCUUGAUUAAGGAAACAUUUCAUACCAACUACAUAAUAUUUUCUUGCAAUUGUAAGUUAUCGGUUAACUUUUGAACCUAAACCUCCUUCUAAUUCGAGUCGACGACCUGUAAUUUUUUAACAAUAGUGAUUUUAUAUUAGGCCUAUUCGUAGGAUUAUUAUUUCUUCAUAUCAUCUCCGAGUGAAAUUUUGUGAAAACAAACAGAACUUUUUUCAAAAGUACACAUUUUUCAAAAAUAACCAAGUUUUGAAGAAAAGAAAAAUUCAAUCCAAUGCUUCUGUUGGUUGACUGGUCGUUGACUACACGUACGCCAUUGAUCAAGGAAACAACACUCAGCUGACACUGCAAUUUCUUGCAUGUCAACUAAGUUGUGUUCAGCCAGCCGUGAUGUUGACUGAAAUUACGUAUAUCACUGACCAAGAAAGCGACAAUUCAAUGCGUGUGACAAUAUCACACGACACAUUAGCGAUGUUUAGUUGACAUGACCAUACAUUAAUUUGAACGCAACAAUAAUCUUACACAAUGGCGCCAUUGCAAUUAUAAUAGCAACCAAGGGGAUCCGAACCCCCCCUCCCCCAACCUCCCCAAUCCACGUGUUCAUCUAAUAUGGGACGAGUACAGAUAAAACCCGCAAAGAACCCCCACCCAACCCCCCAAGUGUCUCCCUACAUAUGAUAGCAUAUGCACAAAGGAUUCAUAGACCUCGAAACUUCACAUAAAUUGUAGAUCAGCAUCUUAAUGGUUGAUAUUGCCUUCUAACUAUUAUAGUGGAGUUAUACGAAUGUCCUUUCCUGCUGGGCAUUGAAUUUAUUUGAUGGAGACGAGCGCACAAUCGAAAAAACACCUGGGGAGGCAAUAAGCAAACCAAAGGAAUAAAUAUGGCAUUAUAUUUGCUUGCUGCCCUCAGCCUCAAUAUAUAGAGCUGUCGCUGUAAUUAGGAGCUUACCUCACUCUAUUGGCUGACUCAGAUAUCCAACACUACUCCUUGGCCAAUCCCAUAUAUAAUUAUUUUAUUGUAUCAAUUUAUUUUUCUUUCCUACUUUGUACACGUAGUGAUCAAUUCACCACAAGAAAAUGUAUGGAUAAUUCUGUAACUCCAUAAUUCCUCAUGUUAAAGUUUAACUACCCAAUCAAUGCUUUCAUCUCUUUGAAGAAAGAAAAAGUGAAAAUCACCUCUUACUUAUAAGAGAAAGAUAACACGUUUCUAUUGCAACUAAAGUACUUUGAUUAAUAUGUCCAUCAAAAAGUUAUUCGAAUUUUAGGUAGGAAAACAGAAAAUUAUAUUAUCAAGAUUUUUUCCAACGAAAUCGUAGUUCAACUGAUUAAGGUAUUAGACUCAUAUGAAUCAAACUUCAUUGGAUACCGUCUUUCUACGUCAUAAAAAAGAUUAGUGAAGAAACAUAUACAGAAAAAUAAAUCAAGACAGAUGUUGAAGUUGUUGAUGAUCAAUUGAAAGACAAGAUUAACCACUUACAGGAACCUCACACUAGAUACAAGGGUGUUCACCAAAUUUUUUUUCUUUUUUUUUUAUCUUUGACUCUAUAGUACUACCAAUGUCCGUGCUUGACGAUAUAGAUCAAGACCUCUACUAAAGUUUAUGUUUUCAUCAACGAAUUGGAGUUCUCGUAACUUCUUAUUCCAACGAAAUAAAACAAAAUGAAAAAAAAAGAACACUAUAGUAAUAGACAUUAGAUAAGCAAGAAUUUCUACUUACCAACCCAUUACCCAUGCAAUGAAAGAUGUGGAUGGGAAAUGAAGAGAAGGCCAUCAUUAUAAUAUUUCCCAAAAAUUUGCAUGGCUCCAAUUUCCACCCUUCAUUCCUUCCUUCCCCUGCCUGCAUUCCCCCUCCCUUCACUAGUAUAAAUAGGAGUGCUCAUUCUUACAUUAUCCUUAAGGAGAAACACAAGAACCUUUACACUCUUAAAGGCUUUUGAGGCUCUCCUUCCCUUCCUCUUUCUCAUUGUUACAACCAAGUACCAAACCUUCCACCCUUCUCAAACAAAAUAGAGCAAAGAAGCUUUACUACUACAUUAACUUCCAAAAAAAAGAGUAGUUGAGAGAUGGAGAAGCUUAGGUGCAGCAAGUUCCUAGAGACCUCCAAGCCAUACUUUGCAAUGAUCUCAUUGCAGUUUGGUUAUGCUGGUAUGAACAUCAUUACCAAGGUCUCCCUCAACCAUGGCAUGAGCCACUAUGUCCUCGUGGUCUAUCGCCACGCUUUCGCCACCGCGGUUAUAGCUCCUUUCGCCCUCUUCUUUGAGAGGAAAGGGCAGCCAAAGAUCACCUUCUCCAUCUUCAUGCAGAUUUUCAUCCUUGGCCUUCUUGGACCCGUGAUAGACCAAAACUUCUACUAUGCUGGGCUCAAGUACACAUCUCCAACAUUCUCCUGUGCAAUGAGCAACAUGCUCCCCGCCAUGACAUUUGUGAUGGCCGUCAUCUUCCGAAUGGAGAAGCUGGAAGUGAAGAAAGUGAGGACCCAAGCCAAGUUGGUGGGAACAUUAGUCACGGUGGCAGGUGCAAUGCUGAUGACAUUAUACAAAGGUCCGAUUGUGGAGAUGUUCUGGUCCAAAGCCAUGCAGCCUGCUGCAUCUGAACAGGGCGCCACUGCUUCCCAUGAAAGCAGCGACAAAGAUUGGUUCAAGGGUUCCAUUCUCCUCAUCCUCGCCACCCUCGCCUGGGCCUUUCUCUUCGUCCUGCAAACCAAAGCAUUGAGGACGUACAAGAACCACCAGCUGUCGUUGACAACGCUGGUGUGCUUCAUGGGGACGGUCCAAGCAAUUGCAGUCACCUUUGUGAUGGAGCACAAUCCCUCGGCGUGGAAGAUUGGAUUCGACAUGAACCUCCUCGCUGCUGCCUAUGCUGGGAUUGUGACAUCGAGCAUUUCGUACUAUGUGCAAGGGCUGGUGAUCAAGAAGAAAGGGCCAGUUUUCGCGACGGCUUUCAGCCCGUUGAUGAUGAUCAUUGUGGCGAUCAUGGGUUCUUUCAUCUUGGCUGAGAAGAUCUUCCUUGGAGGAAUUGUGGGAUCGGUGCUGAUAGUGAUAGGACUGUACGCGGUGCUGUGGGGGAAGCAGAAGGAGAAGAUGAGCAUGGACGACGACGACGAGAUUCUUGACCCGGUGAAGGGAUCGUCCGCGGCGGUUAACUAUGGGAAUGGGAGCUCGGUAGUGGUGGUGGCAGCCAUUAAUGGAGAUGUUGAAGCAAACAAGGUGGUGGAUGAUGUGCAGAAAUUAGAAAGCGACAACGACAACAACGGCAAGCACAUUACUAUGAUUGCACCCAUUAGCAUGCCUUUGGCUGAUGAAGUCCCGCUGGAGAAGCUUAACCAAGAGACCGACGGCAGAGCUUAGGAGGAUGGGGAAAAGAGAACCAAAAAAAAAAAAAAACAAUUUCUCAAAAGAGAGAAAAAAGAAGAGAAAUAUAUGAGACUUAAAAUUUUAGUAAUGCAUGGAAAAUGGGCCUUUUUCUCUGUUCUUUUUUGUCACAUCCUCCCCAACAUUUUGUUGUGAGCUCUUUUGUUUGUUUUGCAUUUUGAAAGAAUUGACAUAAACUAUGGUGCUUUUGAUAUGCAAUUUCUUUUCUUUACUUUUUUUUUUCUUUUUCUUACUCUUCCCUUUGUGCUAUAUGUACUACUCCGAUGUAUCAUGUAAGGCCAAGUUUGGUUAAUGGAUGGUAAAUGAUAGAGAGAAGUCACGACUUAUCUUGUAAUGUAAUUCUUGUUUCAUAGACGGUAUUGUCUCAUAAAUGAUAAAUAACGAAAAGAUGGUUAGGAUUCCAAUCUAGAUUCGAAAAUCAAAUAUUUUACAUUGUUCAACCAAUUUCUCCAUAAUAACUCUUCCCAUUUCAGAUGGUUGGGAUACAGUACCGCCGGGAAAGAAAAGCAAAGGAAAAUGAACUGUUUCACCUAUCCUCCCAAAUCGGAGGGAAAGUGUCCCUGCGUUGCUCAUCUUUACCCUUUUUAUUAUUUAAGUAGUGAAAUUUCUGUUGGUUUGUGGAAGAAACAGACCAGCUCAAUGCUAUUUUUUUUUCUUCCCAGUAAUUAUAAUGCUAUUUUUUUUUCCCAUUUUCUCUCUAUUCGUGUAUUGCACCUUUUAUUUUACUUUCAUAAUUUCAAUUUAUCUUCUUUUAGUUUUUUAUGAUCUCCAUUGUUCAAAUUAAUUAAAUUAAUACUUAAGUAGGUUUUUUAUUAAUUGGAUGUUGAAAGAUUUGAGUGUACUAUCAAGGAUUACGAAACCAUACAGGGAAAAUCGCAUAUAAUUUUGGGUCCGAUAUCCGAUAUUUCCGGUCCGACCGGCUGGUAUGGUUCUGUUUCUUAAACAUUGCAUAAUAUCAGUUGAAUAAUUUUUAAUUGAUUUAGAAUGCUUGAUCAAUUAUUAUAAAGUCUCUAUUUAUAAGAUUUUUGUUUAUUAGCUGGUUUCUCAAAUGACUUAACACGGGUUAAAAUCAUACCAUCGACAAUUAGGCUGGAAACACCUACUAUCGGAGUCUAAACCGAUAUGGGAUUUUAAACAAUAUAAAAUAAUUGAUAUGGUUAAAUUAUGAUUUUAGAACAAAAUACCCUACCACUAAUUUUCUCUGUAUAAUCUCUAGUGCAGUUUAGAAAGAAAGUACAAAUUUAAUUCACAAUUUAUAAGUAGAAUAUUAACAUACAAUCAAAUUAUAUUACUAUUACAUAACCAAUAAAAUAACAUAUUCAUCACACUUCCCAAUACAUACUUUCCUUCACACUUUCUUCCAUAAAACAACAUUUUCCUCUCAAUUUUCUUCACAUCCAAAUCUCCCCUCCCCACCUAAUUUUCCUUCACCUCCCCUCAUUUUCCUCCCUUCCUUCGAAAACAGAGGGUUAGAGUCCCUUGGUAUAAUAUGCAACGGAAUAAAUUUAAAACUUAUAGAUCUUUUUUCUGGCUUGGUUGGUCAACUUGAAUAUGAUUACUAAUUAUUCCUGAUAAGUUGAGGAGCUGGGGGAAGUUGGUAAAGCCGAGUUUUUGUGUUAUGCAAUUUAGAUGAAACCAUGUCUUCUUUAACUACGAAAAGUUUUGUUUUCCGGUUUUAUCAGUUUGAGCGGUAAAACAAUCUAACCGAUAAUUUUUUUUUAAAAAAAGUUCAAAACUAGAAUCGGCAUCUUGAAUGUGGAUAAGCAAGAAAGUCAUAAAUUCUCAUUUACUAUGCUAAUUCGUUAACAUUCGAGAGAUUUUAUUAAUGGAAACAGGAAGAAUCUGAUAUGGCAGCGCGAAGUGAAAUUAUAAGGCGAGAUUCCCAAAUCAAUUGGGAUUUGGGAA